AUGCUGGCUGCGGGGUUAGGGCUCUUCCUCCUGCUCCUGCCGAGAGCGGGGCUCCAUGCCCUCCCGGACUCUGUCAACUGCUCCCAGGGCCUGUCCUGCCGGCUGCUGGAGGACGAUGUGUUGUGCAGCCCUGGGGCCGUGGGGCUGGCGUCUGGCCCAGUUCUGGUGCCAACCCAAAUGACGAUGGAGUCUGUGCUGCACUGCGCAGCGGCGUCUGACUGCUCCCCCUGCGUGCAGGUCAAGCUGCAGCUGGCUGUGCUGGGGCCCCAGGAGGAGGUGGCAGGUGAGGGGACCCAAGAUGGACCUGGGAUGGACGCCCUGCGGCGUCGGGACAGUGGGCCCCUGCGGAGCUGGGUGCUGCUCUCGGUGCGGACUUACCCCUCCUCCCGCUGUGUUGCCAUCGAGGUCCAGCUGCCCCGCGCCCUGGCACGCCCCAAUGGCACUGUGGGCUCCAUGUGGUUUCACUGCUUCGAGGCGGCACUGCGAGGGGAGCUGCACGUCGUGUCCUACACGAGUCCCCGGUACCGGGAGGUGCUGAACCAGACGCACCGUGUGCCCGACUGUUCCUGGCCUGCAGCACAGGCUGCCAUCCAGGUGUGCCAAGUGCCCAGGCUGCAGGUCUUCGUGGGGCCGGAGCACGUGGUGGUGCAGUUGCAGGACGUGCCCGCGGGGCAGAAAUUCAUCGUGUGGUUCUAUUGGAACCAGACACGUCGAGACAAAGGACUCAGGAUAGAGAGGGGGCUUCAGAACUACAGCCUGCCCUCCGCCCAGCUGCUGCCCUGCCUCUGUCUGCAGGUCUGGCCAGAUAUCCCGGAUCCCCCCAGGACCAGCCGCUGCCCCUUCACUAAGGAGCCUGCAGCGUGGACCCGGCUGUGGGCACAGGCCCAGCUGAAGCUGCAUCUCACUGGGGGGAGGCUGAGCUGCUCCGUGUCGGCGCCAUGCAUGGUGCCAGCCGACCUCGUGCCCUGCUGGAGGCUGAAGAGCGCCGGGCCCUGCCAUGAGCUGCCCCACCUGCGCCAGGCCCUCACCGUGCCUGGUCGCCACGAGUUUGGGACGUUGCAGCCUCAUCCGAACCUGUGUGUCCAGGUGUGGAGUGGUGGGCAGGUCCAGCUCAUGCAGUGCCUGCAGGAAGGUGCCCUGCGGGGCCAGCCGGCCGACCUCUUGCUGAUGGAGACCAGGGACCCACAGGGGAACAUGUUGCUCUGUGCCAUGGAGCGAGGCACCUGCACUCCACUGGCCAACUCCACCUGUAUGGGAGUUGGGCUGGGGGCCCUGGAGCAGCAGCUGCGAUGGGAUGUGCAGUCGGGGCAGUGUGUGCAGGUCAGUGCCGUGGGGGAGCGGUAUUGUCACACGCAUGGGGGUAGAUGGGUCAGUAACCGGCAGCUGUCUCCACAGGUCUGGCGUGCGGAGGGCAGCGUGGUGGGCACCGGCUGGGCCUGCUCGCUGGAGAAGUAUCUCCGGGCCCGCUGGGUGCUGGCUUGGAUGGGGGUUCUCCUCAGCACCUUCUGCAUCCUGCUCCUGCUCCUGCUCAAGAAGGAAAAUCUGAAAGGGUGGCUGAAGAUGCUGAAGGAGGAUUAUAGCCCUGGGGGCGUGCUGCGGGGCCGGCGUGCCCUGAUCCUCUACUCGCCCGACCACGCCAGCUUUGAGCGGCUGGUGAGCACCCUGGCCUGCGCCCUGACACGGCUGCAGCUGGCGGUGUCAGUGGAGCUGUGGAGCCGGGCCGAGCUCUGUGCCAUCGGCCCCAUGCAGUGGUUCCAUGCCCAGCGGCUGCGGGUCCUACAGGAGGGCGGCACAGUGAUCCUGCUGUUCUCCAGGGGCGCCGUGGCCAGGUGCACGGAGUGGCUGCUCUGGAAGCCGGGGGAACUGCUGCCCCGGGAUGAUCCGUGCAGCGCCUUCUCGGCCUCCCUCAACUGCAUCCUCCCCGAUUUCCUGGCUGGCAAGGCUGGGGGCCGGUACCUGGUUGCCUGCUUUGAGGAUCUCCUCCAGCCGUCCGACAUCCCGGAGCUCUUCCGCUCCGUGCCCAUCUUCACACUGCCCUCCCAGCUGCCCACCUUCCUCCUGGCGCUGGCUGGCACUGCUGCUGGCAGGGAGCAGAAGAGCAGCUUGAAGAAGCACUCCCUGUGGAUCAGCAACAGCCUGCAGCGCGCCAUCCGAGAGUGCCAGCUGCAGGAGCCCGAUGGGCACUGCCCACCACAGGCGUCUGCCCUGCCUGGGAGCAGGCAGGUACUGAUGGGUGCAAAGAGUGAGGCUGGGGAGCUCUCUCCACCCAUGGGCUCCACGUGA